AUUUCCGCCUCUGGCGAAUGGCUCGGGCGUAGGGCGCGCGCCGCGCCGCGGGGGCUCCAGCUGAGACCCCCGGCCCCGCCCCCCAGGACCCUGGCCAUGGAGGACCUGUUACCCAUGAUCUUCGCCUCGGAUUCUCCCCCGGCCCGAGGUCCGUUCGUGGAGAUCAUCGAGCAGCCCAAGCAGCGGGGGAUGCGCUUCCGCUACAAGUGCGAGGGCCGGUCUGCGGGCAGCAUCCCCGGGGAGCGCAGCACGGACACCACCAAGACGCAUCCCACCAUCAAGAUUGUUGGCUACACUGGACCAGGAACUGUCCGCAUCUCUCUGGUGACCAAGGAGCCCCCUCACCGGCCUCACCCCCAUGAGUUGGUGGGGAAGGACUGUAGGGAUGGCUUCUAUGAGGCUGAACUCUGCCCUGAUCACUGCAUCCACAGCUUUCAGAACCUGGGGAUUCAGUGUGUGAAGAAGCGAGACCUGGAGCAGGCCAUCGCCCAUCGAGUGCAGACCAACAAUAAUCCCUUCAAUGUGCCCCUGGAAGAACAGAGGGGAGACUAUGACCUGAAUGCCGUCCGGCUCUGCUUCCAAGUGACCAUCCGGGACCCUGCAGGCAGGCCCCUCGUCCUGCCCCCUGUCCUCUCCCAUCCCAUCUAUGACAACCGGGCCCCCAACACCGCCGAGCUGAAGAUCUGCCGUGUGAACCGUAACUCGGGCAGCUGCCUGGGCGGGGAUGAGAUCUUCCUCCUCUGUGACAAGGUGCAGAAAGAGGACAUCGAGGUGUGCUUCACGGGGCCGGGCUGGGAGGCACGUGGAUCCUUCUCGCAGGCCGACGUGCACAGGCAGGUGGCCAUCGUGUUCCGCACACCGCCGUAUGCAGAGCCUGCCUUACAGGCCCCGGUACGGGUGCACAUGCAGCUUCGGCGGCCAUCCGACAGGGAGCUCAGUGAGCCCAUGGAGUUCCAGUAUCUGCCGGACACAGAUGAUCGGCACCGAAUCGAAGAAAAGCGCAAGAGGACCCUGGGCACCUUUAAGAACAUCAUGAAAACGAGUCCUUUCAGUGUAGGCAGUUCUGAUGCCUGGACGCCUCCUAGACGCAUCGCGGUGCCCUCCCGCGGUGCCAAGCCCCCAGGUGUCCUCCCUGGCCUGCCUUCCUCCGUCUCCCAGCCCUACGCCUUCCCCCCACCUCUUAGUACCAUCAAUUUGGAGGAGUUUACUCCCAUGGUCUUUUCAUCUGGCCAGGUCCCAGCCCCAUCCCUGGCCCCUGCUCCCACGCCUGCUCCUUCCCUGGUUCCUGCCCCACCCACAACAACCCCUGCCCCUGUCCCACCCCAGCUCUCCCAGUCUGGGGAGGGAACGCUGUCUGAGGCCCUCCUGGGCCUUCAGUUUGAUACAGAUGGAGAUCUGGCCGAGCUCCUGGGUGACCCUGACAGUACAUACACCAACCUUGCAGCCAUCGACAACUCUGAGUUCCAACAGCUGCUGAACCAGGGAAUGGCAGGGCCCCUGGAAGGUCCUGGGCCCUCAGGGGAGCCCAUGCUGAUGGAGUACCCCGAGUCAAUCACUCGCCUUAUGACAGGGCCUCAGCGACCCCCCGAGCCCAACCCUGCCCCUCCAGGAGCCUCAGCGCUCUCCAACGGUCUGGUGGGGGCAGAUGAAGUCUUCCCCUCCAUGGGGGAUAUGGACCUAUCAGCCUUCCUGAGUCAGAUCAGCUCUUAAGAGGGGCUGAUAGUUGUCCUAGGGCCCCCGGGCUCUGGGCCAGCAGGGGACAUGUGGUCUACUCUGGAUACACCUCUUGAUGCUGCUCCUACCCCCUUGAAUUUCUCUGGGGGAGCUGUCUCCCUGGAGAUGGGAGGAGUGAACCCUGUCUUAAUAUUUUAUCUGCAGUCUCUCUCUCUGUUUUGGAGGUCUUAAGUGAAAGCAUUAACUCCUCUGAAGAAGGGGGUGAGUGGAGCACUGGGGAGGACUGCAGCUCCUAGUCAGGGAAUGAUCCUUCCCCCGACUGGUGGCUCCUUGCACCUGGGAAUGGAGAGCCGGGGGAUGAGGGGGGCUCCCACCUGGUCCUCUCCUUCCAUCUAGUUGUGGAGCAGGGUUUGAAGUGACCCCCCCCAUCCCUAAGCGCCUUACACUGGGGCUUUGGUUAAACUGUGGGCCAAAUUAGAUCUCCUUCCUUUCUCUGCACCUGACACCAGCAUCCUUAACAGCAUUUAGACAGCUCUGCAAAGGUCCCUCCAGCUCUUCGAGUGCAGGUGGCCGGGGAGCAUCACCCUUGCCAGGCUUUUGGAGGGGGCAGGCCCCCAUCUGGGCCAUGUUCCCCUUCGCUCAAGUGCCUUAAGAUGGGCGGGUUCCCCAGUAGUUGGGGGACUGUGAGGGGUGGGCUGGGAGCCCCAGGGGCUGCUGACGCCGUCUUCUUUUUACUCUUAACUAAUAAACCCCUCUCCAAGCUC